CAACAAAGUGUUGUACAAACAUGGUUAGCCAUACACUGUGCGCUAUUUUAUACAAACCUCAGUUGUAUGUGUUGCGUUCAUACGGAAACAUGCCAUCUGACGAAGCGGCCUGUUUAGCUAUAAUAAUUGCUAUAACCUCCGAGGAUGUUGGUAUUAAAAAAAGAAGGAGGAAGAGGAGAGUAUGGAUGAAAGAGUGGUUGAAGAAAAGAUCCCUUUUUAGCCACGCAAAUCUCCUCAAGGAACUUCAAUUGAGUUCACCACUAGAUUACAAAAAUUAUUUACGAAUGGACCCCACUACUUUUGGCGAAUUAUUGGUAAUGAUAACACCACUUAUAGAAAAACAACAUACUAUAAUGAGAGAAGCAAUAUCACCCAAGCAAAGGUUAUUUGCAACUUUACGAUACCUUACUUCUGGGCUUACUUACGAGGGUUUAAAGUUCGAAACAGCAAUAGCUGCUCAAACACUUGGAAAGAUUAUUAUAGAGACCUGUGACGCAAUCAUAAAGGUUUUGAAGAAAUAUAUAAAGCUACCACAAAGUGAAAAUGAGUGGAGAGCUGUAAGUAAAGAUUUUGAAACGAAGUGGAAUUUUCCUCUUUGCUUAGGGGCAAUAGACGGUAAACAUAUACACAUAUUUAAACCCCCCGGAACAGGCUCCUAUUACUUCAACUAUAAGCAUUCAUUUAGUAUUGUUUUAAUGGGAAUUGUAAAUGCAAACUAUGAAUUCUUGAUGGUUGAUGUGGGCGCUAAUGGACGUGUUUCUGAUGCAGGGGUGUUUUCAAAUACCUUCUUCUAUAAAAAACUUGUAGAAAAGAACUUGGGCCUUCCUGAACCGGAAAAUUUGCCUUUAACUAAUACCAAAGUGCCUUAUGUUUUCGUAGGGGAUGACGCUUUCCCACUUCUGGAGAAUUUAAUGAAACCAUUCAGCAAGAGAAACCUCACCAAGGAAGAAAAAAUUUAUAACUACAGGGUGUCACGCAGCCGUCGGAUUAUUGAAAAUGCAUUUGGGAUACUAGCUUCUCGAUUUAGAAUUCUGUUAAGUCAAAUUAAUCUAUGUCCAGAAAAAGCUGUUACUAUAACAUUAGCAUGUUGCUAUUUGCACAACUUUUUACGACAUAAAAAUGUAGAGUGUUACUUCCAAGGCGGCAUAGAUGUUGAAAAUAUAAAUACCGGAGAGUUUACAAAUGCUGAUUGGAGAGCAGAUCCUACGUUACAAACACUACAACCACUUCAAGGGAGAAACAGUACAACAACAGCAAAAGAAGUAAGAGCACAGUUUUGUAAUUACUUUAAUACUGUUGGAGCUGUUCCGUGGCAGGACAACAUUAUAUCUUAACUAUAAAUUAUCUGUUUUUCACAGUUGUGCUUAAAAAUAUAUUACUUUUUAAAUAAAUUAUUUCAAAAUAAUAACAGCAUUUAAAUAAUAACUGAUUUGA